UUUCAAUCUCCGCCCCUUUACGGCACGAUGGUCGCACAAGAAUGUGAUAGAGGCUCCGCGGCCGCCAUUUUCUUUCUUUCUUAGCAGUUGGCUGAGAGAAGGUCUGUGUGGAGAGCGGUAGCGGCUACGGUAGGGUAGAGAUGGCAGACUAUUCAACAGUCCCUCCACCCUCCUCUGGCUCAGCCGGCGGCGGAGGGGGCGGCGGCGGCGGCGGAGGCGUUAACGAUGCUUUCAAAGAUGCGCUGCAGAGAGCCCGGCAGGUAAGCCGGGGCCGCGCGGCGGGAUCCCGACGGCUCACGAUUGCAGCAAAAAUUGGAGGUGAUGCUGGUACAUCACUGAAUUCAAAUGACUAUGGUUAUGGGGGACAAAAAAGACCUUUGGAAGAUGGAGAUGGCUCUUGGACAAGUCCGAGCAGUACAACACACUGGGAGGGAAUGCCCUCUCCUUUUAAAGAUCAACCAGAUGCUAAGAAAGUUGCUCCUCAAAAUGACUCUUUUGGGACGCAGUUACCACCGAUGCAUCAGCAGCAAAGCAGGUCUGUUAUGACUGAAGAAUACAAAGUUCCAGAUGGAAUGGUUGGAUUUAUUAUUGGCAGAGGAGGUGAACAAAUCUCACGCAUACAGCAUGAAUCUGGAUGCAAAAUACAGAUUGCUCCUGACAGUGGUGGCCUUCCAGAAAGGUCUUGUAUGUUAACUGGAACACCUGAGUCUGUCCAGUCAGCAAAACGGUUACUGGACCAGAUAGUUGAAAAAGGAAGACCAGCCCCUGGCUUCCAUCAUGGUGAUGGACCAGGAAAUGCAGUUCAAGAAAUAAUGAUUCCAGCUAGCAAAGCUGGAUUAGUUAUUGGAAAGGGGGGAGAGACUAUUAAACAACUUCAGGAACGGGCUGGAGUUAAAAUGGUUAUGAUUCAAGAUGGACCUCAGAACACUGGUGCUGACAAACCUCUUAGGAUUACCGGAGAUCCAUACAAAGUUCAACAAGCCAAGGAAAUGGUGUUAGAGUUAAUUCGUGAUCAAGGUGGUUUCAGAGAAGUUCGAAAUGAGUAUGGGUCAAGAAUUGGAGGAAAUGAAGGGAUAGAUGUCCCCAUUCCAAGAUUUGCUGUUGGCAUUGUAAUAGGAAGAAAUGGAGAGAUGAUUAAAAAAAUACAAAAUGAUGCUGGUGUUCGAAUUCAGUUUAAGCCAGAUGAUGGAACAACACCUGACAGGAUAGCACAAAUAACAGGACCUCCAGACCGAUGUCAACAUGCUGCAGAAAUUAUUACAGACCUUCUUAGAAGUGUUCAGGCUGGUAAUCCUGGUGGACCUGGACCUGGUGGUCGAGGGAGAGGUAGAGGUCAGGGCAACUGGAACAUGGGACCACCUGGUGGACUUCAGGAAUUUAAUUUCAUUGUACCAACUGGGAAAACUGGAUUAAUAAUAGGAAAAGGAGGUGAAACCAUAAAAAGCAUAAGCCAACAGUCUGGUGCAAGAAUAGAACUUCAGAGAAAUCCUCCACCUAAUGCAGAUCCUAAUAUGAAGUUAUUUACAAUUCGUGGCACUCCACAGCAAAUAGACUAUGCUCGGCAACUCAUAGAAGAAAAGAUUGGUGGCCCAGUAAAUCCUUUAGGGCCACCUGUACCCCAUGGGCCCCAUGGUGUCCCAGGGCCCCAUGGGCCUCCUGGGCCUCCUGGGCCUGGAGCUCCAAUGGGACCAUACAACCCUGCACCUUAUAAUCCAGGACCACCUGGCCCUGCUCCUCAUGGUCCUCCAGCCCCUUAUGCUCCCCAGGGGUGGGGAAAUGCAUAUCCACACUGGCAGCAACAGGCCCCUCCUGAUCCAGGCCUCUUUCACUGGAGUAGUUUCAAGGAAGCUAAAGCAGGAACCGAUCCAAAUUCCGCAGCUUGGGCUGCGUAUUAUGCACACUAUUACCAACAGCAAGCACAGCCACCACCUGCAGCUCCCACUGGUGCACCAACUACAGCCCAAACCAAUGGACAAGGUAACUAUGGUGAUCAACAGAAUCCAGCUCCAGCUGGACAGGUUGAUUAUACCAAGGCUUGGGAAGAGUACUACAAGAAAAUGGGUCAAGCUGUUCCUGCUCCUACUGGUGCUCCACCGGGUGGUCAGCCAGAUUACAGUGCAGCCUGGGCUGAAUACUAUAGACAACAAGCAGCCUACUAUGCCCAGACAAGUCCCCAGGGAAUGCCACAGCAUCCUCCAGCACCUCAGUGCAGGUUUGAUCCAGCCAGUAUAGAACUAGCUCUGUAGGGGUGAGGAGGACUGUGCUGUGUAUCAUCCUUGAUUGUGUUCCUUCAAGGAGCAUUGCACUGUAAGUACAUCAGAAUGACAAAUUGAUGAACUGCAACAGUAUCUUUUUGUCAAUGUUCCACAUAAUGUAAAUGCCAUAUUUUGUGUGAAUAUUAUGUUGGAAUACAGUGCUGAUAUCUUGGAAAACCAUAAAUGCUUCUUAAUUUAACAUAGAAUAAUACAUAGGUCUUUUUUUUUUAAGUGAGCUCAAUGGGUAAGUAUUUUUUAUAUGCUUUAGCUAUAGCUAAAGAAAACUGAUCAUUAACAAAAUUGAAUAGUAUUACUCAUUGGUGCUCCUAAAAUAUAUUGUUUUUCAGUAUAAUAUAUGCAUAUUUUGUAUAUUAAUAAUGAAAGACUUGAAAUGUAUCAGACAGAAGUGGUUUUCAGUUUGCAAAUAUAUUAAGCAAUGUAGCAGUUUUAACACCAUUUCAUAAAUAUGUUCUUUCAUUGGUAGGGAGCACCAUUUGUUGUUUUGAAUACUGUAAAGGAAGAUGUACAAGAACAUAAAUGUUGAGAUUACCUAGGGUAGAAAAUUAGCAGUACAGUUCAUUGUGGAUAUUUUGAAAUGUUUUUUAUUGUUUUAUAGAAGUCAGAAUGACUUCCAUUACCCUUAUGUAGAUAUGGAUUUGUAGCUCUAGUUUGAAGUUUAAUCCUUAGGGAGUUAGUUAUCUGUUAUCUUUAAGAGUAGGGUAUUGACAUGAACAAUUUCAGUAUUUUGCAUGAUACUGUUUUAUAGAUGACCUUUAGGAAAGUGGUACAUUUAUUAAUUAAACUGAAGAGAUAGUUCAGUUAGAUUCAAUAUCAUAACUCACAAAUUGGAGGCUGUUGAUUUUGAUUCAUUUAAACUUUAAAAUCUUUAUUAAUUGCAAACAGUGCAAUUAUUUAUGCUUCACAGUGCCUUCCCAGACCUUCCACCUUAGGUUCUGCUGCAAAAAGCAACAGGUAAGCACAACCUAAGGACAUAUAUAAAUAAAUAUUUCAAUACAUUAAUGUUGUCCCUGUGAGGUUUUUGUGGUUGUGUAUUCAAAAGCAAUCUGCUACUGCUUCCCCAAAAUGUAUCUUGUUAUUUAUGCUACUAUUUCAGUGGAAAGUCUGUAAGUUGUUCAAACAGCUGUUUACAUUUCUAGGUAAUGUUUUUAUUUUAAUUAAACAAGAAUGAUGAGUAGAUUGCUGCUGUAAUUGAACUACAUCACCCUUUGUAAUCUUUUCCCAUAGAAAAAUUGUUACAUUUAAGAAAAGGCAAUUACAUGAAUUUUAAGAUUUAGGAAGUCACUUGGUCAGAAAGUUCAACAGCCUUCACAAUCUAUUUAAGAUUGAUAGGACAUUUUCUUUGCCCUCCAAAGCUAUGGAGUCUUUGUUUUUUUCUUAUUCUUGAACUAGAGCAAUUCAGUAAGGCCAUUAUGGGUUAGAGUUUUAUUAUGUCUCCUUUUUAGACAGUUUGGGUUUUAUAACUUUUAUAUACACUGAAAAAGGAAAAAAACUUUAAAGAAAACUGGCAGUAUGUUUUGAUAAAAGGCAUGUGCAUCAGUGAAAUGGUAACUGUUUAGCAAAUAACCUUGCAUAAUCUGUAUAGCAACCAGUAUUUUUCUGAUUUAUAAUAUUUUAAUAACUGACGCUGAAUUUAUUUCAUUUUUUUUAUUUUUUUUUAUUUUUUUUUUUGCCAGUUUAAAAUGUUUGUGUGUUCUUAUUGAUGAUUUUGACUGGUACAUAUUUUGAGUUAAGAUGAAUGUUUUAAAGCAGCAUCAUAUCAGUUUUGUUUAUUCUAUUUCUAAAAUGUGCUGAUCCUUUUAAAACUCCUGCUUAUCUCUACAACAAAGAAAAAUAUUCAAAAAUACUGCCUUCAUUUUCACACACAGUGCUGAAGAUGCUGCAAGCACCAAAUCAUAGCUCAUAAAAUCAGGUCCUGAGAUAGUUACCCAUAAAGAGGAAUCCUUUGAGUGUAUGCCAUUGGUGAGCCGAUGAGCAUGGACCAUAGAAGGGCUCAAUGUAGAAGGUAAAAUUGGCGAAUCAUAAUUGAGAAAUAUGAAAUGUAUUCCCAUACAUAAUAUGGUAUAGGGUAUAAUGUACCUGCUUUUGAUCACUUCAUUUUAAAGUGCUAUUCACUUGCUCUUAAAUGUUCCGUGAACUGUUAAGUUUCAUAAGUUAUGUAGUUAUUGCACCACAUUUGUGUGUGUGUGUGCGUGUGCAUGUGUGUGUGUGUGUGUGUGUGUUUGAUAGUCAGUGAUAGGUAUGUUAAGAUAAUAUAAAGGAGCUCUUUGAACUUUCAGAGAUUGUCAAGUUUGGGUUAGCUGUAGCUUGCAUUUUUACAAAAGAAAAUAUAGAUGAAUGCUAAUAGAUAUUGGGGCAUUGUUUCUGUCUUAUGAGAAAUUUUUGUCAUUACCAUAAGCCUUCACUAAUACUGCAAGCAUUUUUUUAAUGGCGCUAAUCUUAACCUUGAAAUUAAUGCAAAGCAGAAAAGGUGAGCCAGUUGGUUUGAAUGCAAUGGGUGUUAGGAGUGGUAUGAACAAUGUUUAGUUUAGAUUGAAAUUGAACUGACUUAUUUUAUUUUGCACUUAAAAUUUUGAAAAUGUUUUUUUUUUAAAGAUAUGUUAGUGUGAUACUUAGAAUUCUUAUGUUUUGAUGUUUCUUUUAGAAAUGAGAAGUAUGCUUUUAUUUUUAACAAAUAGUUAGAACUAGUCAUUUAAUACUAGUUGUUUGUAGACAUUGUAAAAUAUAUCCUUAGACAAAUACCUUGGUAGUUAAUUCAGAAGGGUGGGUUUGGGUAGGAGUAGCAGAGUACCUUAAGAGAGAAAGAGGAAUAUAUGCAGAAGGGAUAACAUUUCAUUUGUGUGAAUACUCUGCCAAGAGAAUCAGUUCUGUCUGCACAGUUGUCUGUUGUCUAGAAUAGGGGUAUAGAAAUUAGUAAUCAAUGAGGAUGUCUUAUUUUUAGUUCUUGAAAGUUCUGCCUCGUUUUAAAAUGUAUUUUAACAAUACCUAAAAGAUAAUUUUGACUCUGAAAAUAACCUUAUUUUUUGCUUAGUCACUUGAGUUUUAUUGCCACAGUAUAAACUUCUGAGGGAUUUUUUACAUUGGUGUUUCUAAGAAGCAAAUAAAUCCCAGGGUUUUAUUUUCUUCAUUUAUACCCCUAUAGAAACUCUUAAAUGUACUUGCACAUAUAUAUAUUUUUUCUUAUGCAUGCUCGAUGCAUUUUCGUCCUGAGAAAAGUGUUCUCUACAGAAACUACCCGUGUGUAAAAAGAAGAUUGGCUUAAAAUGGCUACUGUGAUGGGAACAGUGUCUUAGGGAGAUGCAGCUUGGACUGGAGGUAAAUUGAAUACUUUACAAACUGUGGUUUAGAGUUUGCUUUAAUGACAUUGUAUGUAAAAGAACACAUGAUUGCUGUAAUUUUGUAUUAUGGUUUCCUCAAUAAAAAAAAUAAAUGUACAUUGAUGAAUAUUA